CACGCGUCUGUUUACAGAAGUACAGCAGAAAAUUCCGUCUUCCGCUUUGCGAUCAUGUAGUUUACACUCGUAAUUCUUUGAUUAUAAAUAUUAAUAUGCCUCGACAGUCUCGUGAGGAUACAGAACCUCUGCUAUCGUCCGCUAAUAAUGAGGAAGACGAUGAGCAGGCGUCCUGCAGAAAGAAACUUACAUAUGAGGAGGCUGUUGAGAAAGCAGGGUUUGGUCUCUUCCAUUGGCUGCUGUUGGUAGUCUGUGGAUGGGCAAACGCCAGCGAUGCGGUGGAGAUCCUGUGUGUGUCGUUCCUGCUGCCCACGGCCCGCUGUGAUCUCCAGCUCAGCUCGGCCGACAUGGGCAUCCUCACCGCCAGCAUCUUUCUAGGGAUGAUGGUGGGCGGUUGUGUUUGGGGGUUUCUGGCUGAUCGCAGAGGAAGGCGGAGCGUCCUGGUGGUUUCUCUGGCUGUCAAUGGCACAUUCGGGGCGGUGGCCAGUUUGGCACCAACUUUCUGGCUCUUUCUGCUCUUGCGGUUCUUCAGUGGAGUCGGGGUCGGCGGCUCCAUUCCUGUCAUCUUCUCCUAUUUUUCGGAGUUUCAGCCGUGUUUGCGGAGGGGGGCGAUGAUUAGUGCUCUGGCAACCUUCUGGAUGGCUGGAAAUAUUUUAGCUGCAGGUGUGGCGUGGCUGGUGAUUCCCAGGACAUCUCUGCAUGCUGACUGGGGCUGGUUGGAUUUUCAGAGCUGGCGUCUUUUUGUGGUCCUCUGCUCGAUUCCCAGUCUGUCAUCAGCACUGAUUUUCAGACUCUUCAUGCCGGAGAGCCCAAAGUUCCUCAUGGAGGCCGGACGUGAGAUGGAGGCUUUGUCUGUGUUCCAGAAGAUAUACAAACUGAACAACAGAGGUGCCACAAAACCAUUUCCUGUAUCAGGGCUCAUGAUCAGACCUAAAGAUGAUGAAGUGAAAAACAGACCCAGCCACAGCAGCUCAAGAUCACAGCGCUUCAUCAAUCAGCUCACACAGGCUCUGGUCCCGCUGAAACAGCUGUUUGUCAGACCGCUGGCUUCCAGAAGUGUCGUUCUAGUGAUCAUCUUUUUCUGCAUCUCAUUUGGGUAUUAUGGGUUAUGGAUGUGGUUUCCGGAGCUUUUCAAGAGGGCAGAAGAUGGAGGUUCUCCAUGUGCAAACAUGUCUCGAGCCCAAAACGCAGAGAACGAAAAGUGCUAUCCAGUCAAAACCGCAGUGUACAUGGAGGGGUUUAUAACGGCGGCUUCAAACUUGCCAGGAAACAUCUUCACUAUUCUCCUCAUGGACAGAAUCGGCGGGAAAAUCCUUUUAUCCGUUAGUUUGCUGGUGUCCGGCGUGAGUGUGUUCGUCAUUUACGUGGUGAAGACUAAAACUCAGAGUCUGAUCGUGUCCUGUGUGUUCAGUGGUGUUUCUGUCAUCUCCUGGAACGCUCUGGAUGUCGUGGGGACAGAACUUUACCCUACACAACUACGCUCCUCGGCUCUGGGGGUCUUCACUGGAGUGGGUCGAGUGGCAGCCAUCAUGGGCAAUGUGGUUUUCGGGCAGCUGGUGGACUCGAGCUGUGCCGUUCCUCUGCUGAUGGUGUGUGUGCUCCUGCUGGCGGGAGGACUGGCAGCUCUGUGGCUGCCUCAAACUAAACAGACUCAACUCACAUGAUGCACACACACACACACAUAGGCAUUAAAAGAGAUACAGUUGAAGUCAAAAUGAUUAGCCUUCCUGUAAAUUAUUUUGUCUUCAAAUAUUUCCCAAAUGAUGUUUAACAGAGCAAGGAAUUUUUCAGAGUAUUUGCUAGAAUAUUUUUUCUUCUGGAGAAAGUCUUAUU